UCCUCGCAUCUGUGCCAGCACUGUGACUUUUUGGAGAAAGAGGUCAACAAAGAAGACACUGUGUCCAUUUCUUUCUCUGGAGGACUUCGACAGCAUCUCACCAGCCACUCAGGAUGCUUUCCUAUCUCAAAUUGUCCUCCCUCCUGUUCAUGGCUGUGAUGUGGGCCAGCUGCCUGGGAAGACCCGCUGCUGAAAGCUACUCCUUCUCCGGGUCUGUUGGGUCUGGCAGCGGUACCUCUUUCACCUCAUCAGGAACAGGCCGAAUCACCGCAGUCAGGGUCUGGGAAGUCACCGGCAGCUACAUUACUGGUAUCCAGCUGAGGUACGGCUUGAUUUGGGCUCAGCGGAAUGGCCGCACAUACAAUCAAGCACAUGAGAUAGAGCUAUUCGAUGGAGAGAGGAUUAUUCAGGUGUCUGGAAAAUACCACCAGAGUAACUACAUCUAUCAGCUGGUGUUUGUGACCUCCAGAGGGCGCUCUCUGACUGUGGGCCAGCCAACCCAGCACUCCUUCAACUUCUACACCAACAACCCAGAGGCAGAGCUGAUUAUACUGAGUGGCCGCUACAAUGGCAAUGGGAUUACUUCACUGGGAGCCCACUGGGGAGUGAUGCCCAUGAAUACAACUGAGGCUUAGAAAAGCACCAACCGCUGUGAAAUAGGUGUGGAUACAGACUGGGAAUCAGGAAGACACUUGAUAUAUAUGGUGUACUGAGUUAUUUAGCUUUGCACUCUACGGCUGCCAGGCAGUACAGAACAACCUCAAACCAGAUGCAUGUUAAACAUACAGAGUCUAUUGGUCAUUUGCAUGGGACAUACUGCACUAUGAUAAUCAUCUUGCACAUUUAAAACACACACGACACAGACAGAAUGCACUUUUAACCAAAUUAAAAUGUAUCUACAGGUGUGAUUUGAAAAAUGAUUUGUCAAAUGA